GCCACAGUCUGUCCGUAGUGGACAGUGAGCGAGUGAGCUGUGAGCGAGCGGGUGCGCGCCACAAACGGACACGAAAAGCGAGCGAAAGAGAAAAAAACGAGGGAGAGGGAGCGAAGGAACGAGAGCGGAACGACUUCUGCUGUUGCCUUUUCGUACAUUCACAGUGAAUUCAACUCGCUCUCAACAUUGUGAGCUGUCCGUCAGCACGACCUGCUGCAAAAUGAUCGGAAAACUCAUCUUUCUCAUCGGAUUGCUUAUCCGCAGUACUGAAGCUGUCCUUCAAGUGUCCAUCUCGCUGAGCAAGGUUGAGCUGAGCGUGGGGGAGUCCAAAUUCUUCACAUGUACAGCCAUCGGAGAGCCGAUCAGCCUGGACUGGUACAACCCGCAGGGCGAGCGCAUGGUGCCAUCGCAGCGGGUGGCGCUGCACACGGAGGGCGUGCGCUCCAGGCUCACGCUCUACAAUGCCAACGUGGAGGACGCGGGCAUCUACCGCUGCCAGGCCACCGAUGCGCAGGGACUCACACAGGAGGCCACCGUGGUGCUGGAGAUAUACCAGAAGCUGACGUUCCGCGAGGUGAAGUCGCCGCAGGAGUUCCGCCAGGGCUCGGUGGCCGAGGUGGUGUGUGACGUCACCAGCUCCCCUGUGCCGGUGGUGGCCUGGUUCUACAACAACAUGGAGAUAAUGCCAGAGAACCUCAAGUUCCAGGUCCUGCCCAACAACAACCUGCAGGUCCAGCAGGUGACCAAAGCUGACGAAGGCGUGUACCGCUGCGAGGCUCGUGUGGAGGCCAGGGGUGAGAUCGACUUCAGAGACAUCAUCGUGGUGGUGAACGUGCCUCCAGUGCUGUCUGUGCCCCAGCAGUCCUUCAACGCCACGGCUGACUACCUGGAGUCAGUCACCCUCACCUGUCGCGCCUACGGCUCCCCUGAACCGGAUGUCACCUGGUACAGGAAUGGGAAGGAACUGCAUGAGUCCGAGCAGUACGCCAUCCGGGCCCGCGGCACGAGUCUGACCAUCCGGAACAUCCGGCAGGGCGACGGAGGCCCCUACACGUGCAAGGCCUCCAACAAGGCUGGGGAAGUGGACCGGGAGCUGUUCUUGAAAGUCUUCGUGGCGCCGCACAUCACCAAGCUGCGCAACGUGACCGCGGUGGAGGGCAGCGCCGCCAUGAUCGCCUGCAAGGCCGAGGGCGAGCCGCUGCCCGAGAUCAUCUGGAGGAGAGCCAGCGACGGUCAGACCUUCGCCGACGAGUACGAGAGCAAGCAAACAAGCAAAAAAGACAAAGAUGGGCACGUGGAAGUCCGUGGUCGCCACGGCGAGUCCCUGUUGGUCAUAGUGGGCGUGUCUCUGGCUGACCUAGGGCGCUUCGACUGUGAAGCCAAGAGCAGGAUUGGAGGAAGUCAGAAGAGCAUGUACCUGGACAUAGAGUAUGCCCCAAAGUUCCAGACCAAUCACACAAUAUUUUACUCGUGGGAGGGGAAUCCAGUCAACAUCAGCUGUGACGCCAUGUCCAACCCGCCGGCCACCAUCCUGUGGAGGAGAGAGAAGCUGACCAUUCCCAGCGAGGGCAUCCCCAACAUGCGCGUCUUCAGCGCCCCCGGGAGGUCACUACUGGAGGUCACUCCCAUGUCAGAGAGGGACUUUGGCCGGUACAACUGCACAGCACGCAACAACAUUGAUAUACGCUUCCAGGAAUUCAUCUUGGCCCAGGCUGAUGUGCCCUCCAACCCCUACUCCGUGCGACUGAGCGGAGUGGCCCAGCGCGUUGCCACGGUGACGUUUGUGAAGCCCGACUCUCACGGCGGAGUCCCCAUAGACCAUUACCUGGUCAAGUACAAGGACGCCGGCUCGCAAGACUGGAAGGCCGUCAAGUCACAAGGAACACAGACGCUAGUACUGCUAUCCAACCUUGAGCCCAACACCACAUAUGAAGUGCACGUCGCCGCAGUGAACGGAAAAGGUCAGGGCGAGUUCAGCCGCACAGAGAGCUUUCUGACGUUGCCCAUACGGGAGCCAAGCCCCCCGUCGGUGAACGGCCAGCGAGGGGUGGGCAAGGCCUACAGGCUGGGCCUGAUCAAGCAGGACGACGGGGGCAUGCCCAUCCUGGAGUACAUCGUCAAGUACAAGACAGAUAGAGAGGAGCAGUGGAUGACCAAGCUGGUCCCCGGCGUCAACGACUUUGUGCUGCUGCAGCCUCUCCAGUGGAACACCCAGUACGAGGUGGAGAUCACAGCCCGCAACAUCAAGGGCCUGUCCGAGCCCACCACCAUCCACUUCUCCAUGCCUCAGAAACCCGACAUCACAGCAGACUCCCUGUUCAGCGGCCUGGGCCUGGGCGCGGUGGUGGGGCUGGGCGUGGCCGGCCUGCUGCUGCUGCUGGUGCUGCUGGACGUCAGCUGCUUCCUGCUGCGCCAGCGCGGCCUGCUCCGGUUCAUCACCCACAAGCUCUGCAGCAAGAAGACGGCCACCAGCGGCAAGAGCAAGGAGCUGGAGGAGGGCAAGGCCGCCUACCUGAAGCUACCGCUGAAAGAGGAGAACGGCAAGGAGAUGCUGAAGCCGGACACCAUUGAGAUCAAAGUUCACGGUGACAGCAGCCUGCGUUCCACACAGGAGGACAGCAAAGCAUAAUGGGAGACCCACCAACAACCCCCCUCCCACCCCCCUCUCACCCCAACUUCCCCUGCCCCCCCCCGCCCCUGCCCUCCCGUCCCCACCCCUCCACCAUGCAGGAGAGCUUUCCAGAAAGAACUUGCGCAGCGAGCUACUCUGAGACCAAAACCGAGCGAACCACGCGAGAAUAGUAAACAAACAAACAAACAAACAAAGCAAACAAGCAGACGACGAAAUGGAACGGAAGAGAUAUAUAUACACACACUCACACGCGCUGUCAAACACAUACACACAUACACACAUGCACACACACAUACAAUUUGCACACACACACAACACAGACACACACACACACACAAGGAUGCCUCCCCCCAACACAUCACAUCAACACACGCAUCAGCUUGAGAUGGCUCAUCAGGGCAUUUGCAGAGGUACUGUGUACAUAAAAGAGGAGGAGAGAGCCACACACACGUCUCGUCUUUUGUGACAAAUAUCUUUUGGAGGACGCCUCCCAUUGGGAAAAGUCCCCUGUUGAUCGGUGAUUGGUCCAUUCCUCUCUUUUUCCUCUUUGUUGUUGCGCUCUCCUUCAAGAGAGGGGGAAGCGUGCUAGAAGUCUUGGAUGUUGACUCUUUUUUUUGUCUUUUUCAUUUUUUCUUUUUGCAUUUCAGUUCUGUGUCACUCUGAUAAACAAUUGAUGACCGUGUUGUUGUACACCUCUGCGGAGCUCCCCACGCCUGCUCCCCCCUGAGCAGAAAUAACACAAAAGACUCUAGACGGUGUGUGUGUCGGAGCCCCUCACACACAGAUACCCACUUACUCGCACACUCUUGUGUUCUGUCCAUCCACAUUAGGACAUCAAGAGACGCAGUGCAGCGUAUCAUUGUCAAAAUACUGCCCCGCCAGACACUCAUACUCUGUGUGUGUGUGUGUGUGUGUGUGUUUGUGUGUGUGUGUGGGUGGGUGUGUAUGUGCGUGUGGGUGGUUGUGUGCCGUGAUGUGUGUGGGUGGUUGUGUUUUCAUUUCCUUUUAUUUCCGAUUGAGUUGUGUCAGUUGUGUUCGUUUUUUUUCCAUGUCUCAUCACUUACGCUUUCCUUUAGUACCUUGUGACAGUGACCGCGUCCGCAACACCCAAGAGUGCUUUGCGACUUGCUGAAUGAGAAUGUGUGAAGCUCUUCGCGGUCUGCUUCUGGACAGUCCCCUCUCAUUCCGACUGCGUCUAGUCACAAGUGUGGUGACAUGACAUGACGUAACAUGGCAUGGCUCUGAGAGUUCUCUUAGCGCUGUCUUCUAGUGGGUCUCUUGCAUUGCUUCUGUGUCUCCUGCAGGCUAAUCUAAAAAGGCCUUGGAUCUCAGCGUGCCACUGAUAUGAUGCUUUUUGUUCUCCUAUUGUUGGUCGUAUUAUAUGGGUAUGUGUCAGAAUUUGAUGUUUGGGCACUGGGGGUACCGUAACUCACAGUGGAAAGAGUAUCUCUCUCUCUCUCUGUUUGUUUGUAAUGUGUGGAGAAAAAUAGAGGGUGUAUGUGUGUGUCUGAGUGUGUGUGUGUGUGUGUGUGUGUGUGUGUGUGUGUGUGUGUGUGUGUGUGUGCGUGCGUGUGUGUGUGCACGCGUAUUUGCAUGGCUGGGUUUGGAUGUGUUUACAUUGGGAAUCCCACGUUAAAGACAGAUUAAGAGAGAUAAUAAGACUGAAGUGAUAGAAAAAGAAAUAUAAAGAAAAUAUAAUAAUUAUUCUUCACGCUCAUAUGUAAAUACCCAUAACACAAUUUCUUUAGCUAUGUGAACACAAGUUACCAGCGACUAUCAGUGGCGUCAUCCAAGUUUCUCCUGGUGGAAUGAGUUUGUUUCAGUCAAGAGGUCUGGUCUGUGCCACAAGACUAAAGAGUUUUGUUAUGUUAAAUAAUGUGGUUUUAAUGUGGUAGAGGAAUCACACUUUUGUCACAAUUGAGUAUUUAUUAUUGUGCCCCUGAACGACUUCCCUCAAAAGCUGGGAGUGAUUCAAAUCACUAGCUGGGGAAGUGUAAGUCAUGUUUGUCCUUGUUGGUUGUACAUAGAGUAGGCUGGACAGUAGGCCACAAGGAUGAGCAAAUACUCCCAAAACACAAAAAAAAUGUGGAUCAAAAAACACAAAGGAGCCUUGCUGUUGCUCAGUAAAUAAAUAAAUAAAUAACAUUGAAUUGAAUUUUUCCCCUGAAAAGAGACACCUUCAUGCCGUGUGGGUUCCAUUGGCUUCACAUUCUGGGCACAGGAUGUCAGCCAUCACAGAUGAUUUAACCUAAAGCAUAAUGUGCUUGGCGUCAUAAUUCACAUGCUUUUCUGAUUUUGGUGAGACUACAAUAGGGGUCCAUCUGUCCGAUGCACCUCAACUGACUCCACUCUCCAGAGAAAAAGGAGAUGGAUGCUGUCUCAUGCCUGUCAGAAGAAGUGAGAUGUCACCACAGGCUCCCCUGUACCCAUGAUACUCCUGUUACCCUGUGUCAUUUUCGAAUGUAAAUAAAAGUGUCCUGAUAUAUAAAAA